CUGUUUUGACUAGAUCUCCAUCAAGAUAAUCUAACUUUAAAGUCAUAUGGUUCUGUGCAUGGGUGAAUGAAAUCCUACUAUGCUGAACAAGCAGCUGCUAUUUUAAAUAUGUCUGCUAGCUUCUCAGCUUCUGCUGCACCCUUAUCUGAACCCUGGGGAAAAGCUGUCAGGAGUUGGGAAGCAUCUGGUUUGGGUCACAUCAUCCCUAGUGGAUGAAGGGAAGGAAGUUUCAGAUUGCCCAAGUUUAGGAGGGGAGGAAAUUAACAACAAAGUUACAGUAAGCCAUGAUAACUAUUGGAGAGGUCUAAGUGCCAGAACAAAGGUUGCAUAUGGGUGGAGAGGUAUACUGUGAUUAGGUGUUUCCAUGCAAAUGCUAGAAGCUUGAAGCCCAAAAUGAGAGAGCUAAGCACCUGGUGAUAAAGGAGAAGCUAGAUAUUACUGGGCAUUACGGAAACCUGGUGGAGUGAAAAAUCAGUAGGAUUCAGUCAUCUCUAGAUAUAAACUGUAUAGAAAGACAAGGAAAGGCAUGCCGAAAGAGGUAUUGCCCUCUGUGGUAAGGUGUAGAGCCCAGCAGACUUGAUAAACUAAAGUGUGAAGACUCAUCUACAGAAGCAAUAUGGAUGAACACUCCUGGCUCCAAAACUAACCUAGCCAUAGGAGUAUGCUGUUGUCCUCCAGACCAGAAUGCUCAGGGUGAUCUUGAGGUAGGAAAGAAAAUCAAGGUGGCCUCCAGCAAGGACCGUACUGUAAUAAUGGGGGACUUCACCUAUGUACACAUUGACAGAGAAGUUAAAUUUCUCAGAGUCCUAAAUGGUUGUGCUAUAGAGCAGUUGGUUGUGGAGCCAACCAGACGGGAGGCAGCCAAGGAUUUAGUCCUAGGUGGGGUUGCCCAGAACACAGUACAGGAUGUAAAUGUUGUUGAUUCAACAUGGAACAGUGACCACGGUGUUAAAAGUUUUAAUAUACAGUUAGGUGGAGACUGCUAAAGAGAGCAAAUAUAGUUGCAUUUGACUUCAAAAGAAGAAUCCUCUCCAAAAUGAGGGAACUGGUAAAGAAGAAGCUGAAGAGGGGAAUCAAGAAGUUUAAAUCACUGUUGUAGAUUACUCAAAAACACUAUAAUAGAGCACAGAUAAUAUACAUAUACAAGUGAGGAAAGUUAAAGUCCAGAAAAUCACCAGCAUGAAUGGAGUCAGUGAAGCUAUUAGGGAAAAGAAAGCCUUCAAAAAACGGAAGUGUUGCCCAAGUUAAAAACAAAAACAGAAGGGGCCGCAAAUGAGUACAAGGGGGGUGCAAGUAGGCAAUCACACCAGCAAGGAAACAGUUUGAGGAACAUAUCGAUAACAAGAUCAAGGCCAACAAGAAAGAAUGUUUUAAAUAUAUUGAAAGAAAGGAGCAGUUGGACCAUGGACAAUAACAUAAUUAAAGGAGCCCUAAGGGAAGAGAUUGCAGAGAAGCUGAAUUAUUUUUUCCAUCGGUCUUCAGAGGAUGCAAAGCAGAUACCUGUUCCUGAGGUUAUAUUAUGGGAAGAGAAUCUGAGGAAUUAAGGCAGGUAGUAGUGACAGAAAAUGAAAUUUUCAUCUUUUUUUGACAAAGUCAACAAGUCACGUGGUCCAGAUGGUAUCCAUCCUAAAGUUUUCAAAGAAAAAAAAAGUAAAGGUUCCUCCUGCACCAGUGUGCUAGUUGUGUCCAACUGGGGCAGUGCUCAUCUCCAUUUCUAAGCCAAAGAGCCAGUGUUACUCGAAGAUACUUCUGUGGUCAUGUGGCCGGUAUGACUAGACACUUUCGCGCACGGAACACUGUUACCUUCCCACCAAAGUGGUACCUAUUUAUCUACUUAGAUGUGUGUGAUUUUGAACUGCUAGGUUGGCAGAAGCUGGAACGAGUAACAGGAGAUAACUUCAUUACAUGGCACUAGGGAUUUGAACUGCUGACCUUCCAGUUGAUAAGCGCAGCAUCUUUACAUGCUGGUCCACCACACCCCUUCCUCAAAGAAUACAAACAUGAAAUUGUUGACUUUCUUACCAAAAUAUGUUGCUGAAAUCAGCUCUUGUAUCAAAGAACUGGAUAAUGGCCAAUGUAACACCAAUUUUUAGAAAGGGAUCAGGGAAAUUACAGGCCAGUUAGUUUGAUUUCUGUUCAGGAUGAACUGCUGGAAAACCUUACUGAAGAUAGAAUGUGUACACACACAAAGGAAUGAGCUCUGCUAGGAAAAAAAUCAGUAUGGCUUUCGCAAGGGGAUGUCUUGUCUCACUAAACUAUUAGAGUUCUUUGAGAGUGUCAGUAAGCACACAGACAGGGCCAAUCCGGGUAACAUUGUUUACUCGGACUUCUAAAAGGCUUUUGACAAAGUCCCUCACCAAAGGCUCCUGAGCCAAACUAAGCAGUCAUGGAAUAAAAGUGGGGUGAGAGGUGGGGACAGAUUACUCUUAUGGAUCACUAAUUGGUUAAAGAAUAAAAGACAGAGGGUGGGAAUAAAUAGGAGUUUCUCCCAGUGGAGAAAUAUAACCAGUGCAGAUUCUGAGGGUUCUGCAUUGGGACCAGGGCUUUUCAACCUAUUCAUAAAUGAACUGGAGCUAGGAGUAAGUGAUGAGGUAGCCAUAUUUGCUGAUGACAUGACUAAAGUAUUUAGGGUGAUUUAACCGGAAGGGAUUGUGAGGCGUUCCAAAGGGAUCUCUCUAAGCCAGAAGAAUGGUCAUUAAAAUGGCUGAUGGGAUCUGAGCUAGCAAUGACUGAGUUAGAAAGAGUUCUUGGGGUAUUAGUGGAUAACUCUGUGAAAAUGUCAGCCCAGUACACAGCUGAUGUGAAGAAGGCAAACUUCAUGCUAGGCAUAAUUAGAAGUGGAAUAGAAAAUAGAACUGCCAAAAUCUGACUUUCCUUAUACACAUCUUUGGUGUAACUGCACUUGGAAUAUUGUGUUCCGUUCUGGUCCCUUUACAAGAAAGAAGACAUUGUUGAGUUGGAAAAAGUACAGGCAACAAAAAUGAUCAAGGGCCUGGAGCGACUCCCUUAGGAGGAGUAACUGCAAUGACUGGGGCUGUUCAACUUAGGAAAAAAGAUGUACAUUUGGAAUUGGAGGGACGACUUGCCAAAUUUAUGAGGACUGAAGAAGCCAUCAUAUAUUCCUAUGGAUUUGCUACAAUUGCCAGUGCCAUUCCUGCAUAUUCAAAACGAGGAGACAUUGUCUUUGUUGACAAAGCAGCCUGCUUUGCUAUCCAGAAAGGCCUACAGGCAUCUAGAAGUAACAUAAAGUUUUUUAAACACAAUGAUAUGGCUGACCUUGAGAACCUACUGAAAGAACAAGAGCUUGAAGAUCAAAAGAAUCCCCGUAAAGCUCGUGUAACCCGAAAGUUUAUUGUGGUAGAGGGUUUGUAUGUUAAUACUGGAGAUAUUUGUCCUCUUCCAGAAUUGGUCAAGUUAAAAUACAAAUACAAAGUGAGGCUAUUUCUGGAAGAAAGUCUUUCUUUUGGAGUAUUGGGAGAACAUGGACGAGGAGUUACAGAACAUUUUGGAAUAAAUGUGGAUGACAUUGAUCUUAUAAGUGCAAGUAUGGAAAACUCUCUGGCUUCUAUUGGAGGUUUUUGCUGUGGACAGUCCUUUGUUAUUGACCACCAGAGACUGUCUGGUCAGGGAUACUGCUUUUCAGCCUCUUUGCCUCCUCUUCUAGCUGCUGCUGCUAUUGAGGCUCUCAAUAUCAUGGAAGAAAGCCCAGACAUGUUUCAGAUAUUACAAGAGAAAUGUAAGCGAAUACACAAAGCUUUACAAGGGAUUCCUGGUCUGCGGCUGGUGGGAGAGUCAUUUUCCCCAGCAUUGCACCUCCAGUUGGAAGAGAGCACUGGAUCCCAAGAGGGUGAUAUGAGGCUUCUGAAAGAAAUUGUAGAUUAUUGUAUGAACAGAGGCAUUGCAUUAACUCAGGCUCGCUAUCUGGAGAAAGAAGAGAAAUUUCUCCCACCACCCAGCAUUCGAGUUGUUGUAACUGUAGAACAAACAGAACUGGAAUUGGAUAAAGCUGUCUCACUCAUCAGGGAAGCGGCAGAGUCUGUACUGAACUGAGGCCAUCAUACUUGGAUAUUUCUUUCUCACUCACCGUCAUGGAUAGAUACCCAUUUUCUACUGUGUGGUUGAUCAGUUUGCACUCCAAAUUCUUGGGUUAUUAUCUAAUGGAACUGAAAGCUUGACUUCCACUAAGUCAUUCCAGAACAAGAAGGAAGAUACAAAACAAGUAUGGGAAAUACCAAAUAUACACUUUAUUUACAGAAUUCAGCUCUAUUUUUAAGUACCAUGGAAAAUGGAGAUCAUUGUUACACUCCUAUCUUUUGUUGAUUUUACCUCAGUUCUUAAAGGGCCUUAUUCCUUUUUCUAGUUCUCUAAACGUGUACAAACUAUUUUUGAGAGUACACAUGUAAUGCUAAUAAGUGUAAAAAGAAUAUGAAAACUUACAGAAUAUUAAUUUAAUUAAUCUUUCAAAUUCUCUGUUAAAUAACAUUCCCCCAAAAAAGUUCCUAUGAUCAAACAAUAAAUACUACAAGAUCCUGCUUUUGAAAUAUACUUAAGUAGCUUUUAUUACAAUGGGUAUGUGGGAAUUUAUAUACUGCUUUGUUUGGACCUUUCUUUUUUUGAAAUUCCCAGAAGAGGCAGUUUUCUAACCAUUUGUCAAAUUAUGCAUCGGUGUCUCAUCAAAAGCCCAUAUAAAGUGUCCUUUCCUUUGAUUUUCCCAUACAGUGUUGAGCGGACAUGCGAGCUAUAAUGUUGACAAGGAGCUCCCCAGUUUAACUGAUCAAGUGGUGCCAUAAGUGCACAUGGAUUUUGCAGGGGUGCCCUCUCUGCUGAAUGGGGCCAGAGAGCCCACGGGCAGGAUUGCUGUGCCUGCCAGAGUGCCCACAGGUGCUGUGAGAAUGUUGUUAGGCAAAUAAAUACUGACACUUUACCAUAAUCUACUAGGUGCAUAAGUGCAAAAUUCUACUGUGGUCUUUAAAGUGUACGUGCUUAUCAACACUUAUUUUAAAACACACACCGAAACAUCUUGAAUGAAUUAGAAAUGCUUAUACUUGAGUGCAUGGGCAUAUAUCUUUAUUUUCAAGAAGUUCCAAACUCUGUUGGAAUAAUUGCCUGAUACCUCCAUUAAGUUCAGCAGUAAGGAUUGAUGAUGGGUGCAGGUAAAAUUGUGAUGCAUAUUGCAGAAGUUACAAUAUUCUGACUUCUUCCUCUUGCAUCAGUCAAGUGAGUUGGUGUAUUGUAACUUGGGUAAUAUGAAUCAUAAGUAGUGAUAAAAAUUUAUGGAGAGGACUGCUAUUAGGAGUUUAGGUUGUUUCUACACUUUUGUGCCUUUUUGGUUGCUGCUACAAGGAUUCCAGUGCUAUAUUGGAUGCAUAUGUUUUUUUUAAAAAAUAAAGCAUAUAUUUGAUCCA